UACCGGAACAGAUGGUUGCAAGAGAACCCAUAAUUCCCGGAACGGACAGGGUUUAUAAGACCAGUAUAGUUUUUACUCUAGAAGAAGGUCCUGGCAUGCUAUUCAAAGCCUUGGCUGUGUUCUCUCUAAGGGAUACUAAUCUAAAAAAGAUGGAGAGUCGACAACAAAAAGGGCGUCCUCUGAGGGUCGUCGACGAUUCUAACAGAGGGAGUGUCAUGUACUUCGACUAUCUUUUCUACAUCGACUUUGAAGCUUCGAUGGCUGAACCGCGUGCCCAAAAUGCAUUGGAACAUUUACAGGAAUAUGCCGGAUUUCUCUAAGUCCUCGGUUCCUAUCCGAUGGAUAUGGUUCUAUAGAUGGAUAUCUCCCAAACUCAGUAGAUUAUGUCAU